CCCAUUACUUUCACUUGCCAUUUUGCUGUUUGCUUGCAGAGAAAAAGAAAAAAGAUGGGUUCUAAUUCUAUACGAAUGAUAGAUAUAGCUGUUAACUUCACAGAUGCUAUGUUCAAAGGAAUCUAUAAUGGCAAACAAUGCCAUGUAGCUGAUAUAGCUACUGUUUUGUCAAGGGCUUGGAGUGCUGGUGUUGAUCGAAUUAUUGUGACUGGUGGAUCCCUUGAGGAAUCUAAAAACGCUCUUGCCAUUGCGGAGACUGAUGGAAGGCUUUUUUGUACGGUUGGCGUCCAUCCUACAAGGUGCAAGGAGUUUGAAGAAAGUGAAGAUCCAGAGCAGCAUUUUCAGGCUCUUUUGUCACUGGCUCGAGAGGGGAUUCAGAAAGGAAAGGUUGUGGCAAUUGGUGAAUGUGGAUUAGAUUAUGAUAGGCUGCAGUUUUGCCCAUCAGAUAUUCAAAAGAAGUAUUUUGAGAAGCAGUUUGAGUUAGCACAUGCAACAAAGCUGCCUAUGUUUCUGCAUAUGCGUGCAGCUGCUCAAGAUUUCUGUGAAAUUAUGGAGCGCAACAAUGACAGAUUCAGUGCUGGGGUCGCUCAUUCUUUUACUGGCAGUGCAGAAGAUCGUGAUAAACUUCUUUUGCUCAAGAAUAUGUACAUAGGUGUAAAUGGCUGUUCAUUGAAGACAUCUGAGAACCUUGAUGUAGUGAAGGGUAUUCCUAUUGAGAGAAUGAUGAUCGAGACAGACUCUCCAUAUUGCGAGAUCAAGAACACUCAUGCUGGGAUCAAAUUUGUAAAAUCCGCGUGGCCCUCAAAAAAGAAAGAGAAGUAUGAUCAGGACUGCACUGUCAAAGGCAGAAAUGAACCAUGUUUAGUUCGGCAAGUUCUUGAGGUUGUAGCUGGCUGUAAAGGUGUCGAUGAUAUGGAUCAUUUAAGCCGGACCAUAUACCAUAACACUUGCAAAGUUUUCUUUCCCCAUGACUUGGAUUCUGCUGCAGACGCUCUACUUGAAGGUUGUCACGAUUCCCAGUAAGGUUCUGAAUAUGUUACUUCAUAGAAAAUUCUCUUCCUAGAGCAUGAGAUCCUCUAAUUUACGGAAGCUGCUAUCGACUUUGUAAUGAUUUCGUAAGAAAAAUAUUAAUAUUCUUACUCAAAAUCUACAUUUGAAACUUGCUUCAAAUAAAUUUGUUGUCCUAAAAAUUCAUUCAUUGACUCA